CUCUUUCACCUAAGCUCCCAUCUACACUCGGGUCGCCCUUGCUCUACGCUUCGCCGAAUUCAAAACCUACCGAGAUAUCCUAGGCUCCUGAAACUUGUCAGAAAUGCCAGAAAAAUCAGGCUUCACACCACCAAAGACGACACAACUACUAGUUUCGUUUCCUUCAAAACAUACGGUCCUGCUUACCUUCAAUCGUCCGGACAGGCUGAACGCCAUGUCACCGCAGCUCUCGCAGGACUUGGAGAACGUCUUGGAUUGGUUCGAGAAAGAAAAUGAACUCUGGUGAGUGUGAAUUAGCUUUUCAUUCUUUGCGAAUGUCAUUUCGGGAUGGCCUGUUCUCGAGUGGCUGUUUUCUUAUUUUCGUCUUAUCUUUCGCCGUCGUGCGAAGGCUUGAAUUUCGAAUCUUGAUGAAUGGAUUCAUCUAGGGUCGUCGUUGUCACCGGCCAAGGCAGGGCGUUCUGUGCUGGGAUGGAUCUCAUCGCAUGGAACGAAGCUCAAAAGUCUGGAACUCAAGUGACUAAACUAUCUCCUCAACAUGGAUUCGGUUCACUUUCACGUCGUCAAUCCAGAAAACCUAUCAUCGCCGCCGUCAACGGAAUCGGCGCCUAUGGUGGUGGAACCGAGAUUGUGCUGAACUGUGAUAUUGUAGUCGCGAGCGAUACCGCCAAAUUUGCGCUUCCUGAGGUUAAGAGAGGCGUUUUUGCUGCAGCUGGCGGCAUACCGAGGCUUUCGCACAUAGCCGGACAUCAGUUAGCUUCUGAAAUGGUCUUAACGGGUCGAAACGUCACGGCACAGGAGGCUUAUCAGAGAUUUGGUUUUGUGAACGCCGUUGUUCCACCUGCGUCGUUAUUGUCGACGGCCUUGUCCUACGCAGAACAAAUCAUUGCUAACUCGCCUGAUAGCGUUCAAACGACAAAAGUCGGCCUCCUUCUUGCGCAGAAAUGCGACCCAGAGCAAGCAUUUGAUCGAAACAUUAAGUGUGCAGAGGCGGCUAGGAUGUACGAUGGGGAUAAUAUGAAGGAAGGUCUUGCAGCAUUUGCAGAGAAACGAAAACCCGUCUGGAAGAAUCCUGCUAAACUUUAAUAGUAACGGAGCACGAUUCAGGAUCCUGGGCACACGUCAGAGACGAUCUAAAAAUAUGUUGUCUUGCCAUACUUUUGCAUUGAAUAACGAGGAGAUUCGGCCAUUCCCUCAUGUGG